ACCAAAGCUCUCUCCAUCCAAUACACCAGUGCCCCUCCAAUCCACGGCACCCAUUCGACCAUGUCUACGCCCGAACAGCCCUGGCACGCUGCAUACCCGAAGCCAAUCUCAGAGGCGGUCUUCCUUCCCCGCUCCACCGUCCUAGAAUGGUUCUCGUCGAACGACAAGCUUCCUGGAAAGUACUUUGUCCUGGUUGACCUUCGCCGUAACGACCAUGAAGGAGGAACCAUCAAAACCUCCAUAAACCUUCCCGCUCAGAGCAUGCACCCCUCCAUCCCAGCACUCUACACCUUAUUCUCGUCUGCAGGUGUCUCGGCCAUCGUCUUUUACUGUGGGUCGUCGCAAGGUAGAGGGGCUAGAGCGGCUUCUUGGAUGCAGGACUAUAUUAACGAGAAGGGGGACAGUAAUAUGAAGGGCUUUGCGCUGGAAGGUGGGGUUAAAGGAUGGGUUAAAGCGGGAGGAAAGUUGUUGGAGAUGAUGGAUGAGUACGAGGAGGAGGCUUGGAAGGAACCUGCUAAGAAGCAAUAGUACCGCAAAAACUGGAAUAAUCGGACCCAAGCAAAGGCGUUCAGGGUUUCCUCCUCCGGAUUUGGGGAAGGAGAAAAAACACAGCGAAAAAAGCUGCUCUUCAGCCCUCAGAUGAGAUGAGUGCAGAAAAGACACGACUGACCAACCUCACUAGGAGAGAAAACUCCAAUGCCCUUGCCUUAGGUCCAACUAUUCCAGCUUUUACGGUACGAUCCCCUGAUGGCGUAUUGGAAGAGUUGAAGGGAAUCGGUCGUCUUAAAGGAAUAGAGCACCGCGAGAGUUGUGGUCUAUUUGCGUAAAGCUAGCGCGAGAAAA